UAUUUUUUUAUGAAAACAAAGUUUAGAUAAUAAUUAAGUACUAAGAUAAAACUAUUUGAAACAUAGAUUUUCAAUAUUCAAAAUAAUCAGCAUUCAAGUUACUUUGUUUGAACAUAGGAAUUAAAAAUUAGGUUAUUCACAAUUAUUAACAUUAAAAAAAACAUAUAGAAAGGUUAUUUUGUCUUGUCACAAAUAGUUCUCGAUACAAGAAUUAUGGAGCAACAAAAGACUAGUACAAAAUUCUACGAAAUAUGUAGAUUAUGCUUGGAUGAAAAUGGCCACUGUGAUAUAUUUGACAGAAACGAAUUACAAGAUAACAUUUACCGAUGUAUCGGAGUAAAAGUGUCACUAGUUGAUAGUUUGCCGCAGAAAAUCUGUGCUAAGUGCUUAGAGAUCAUAGAUAGAGCGACUGAAUUACGUAUCAUAGCUAAAAAGAAUGAUAUACAUUUAAAAUCACUUUUCUGCUGUGUAGAAGGUGAUACUUCUAAGGCUUGCCCAGAGGAUUCAGUUAAAACUGUUGAAAGCACUCAUUUCGAAAGAGACAAAAGUUCAAGCCCAGAGCGGAACCUUGUCAUUGAGAAAUUUUUAUCCGUUCGGAAAGAUUUGUUUGAAUCUUCAGUUACUGAGGAAUCAAUAUCAAAGACUGAAGAACAGGUUGACAGCUCUCAGAAUAGAGUUAGUAUAAAGGAUUUUAGAUGUGAAGAUGGCAACAGAGAGUAUAAAUGUAAUAUAUGUUCAAAAAAAUUUAACAAAUGGAAAAAAUUCUACUUACACAAUCGCCUUCACAAUAAAAAUUACGCGUGCCCUUUGAACUUGUGUAAUAAAAAAUUUGCAACGAAAGGUGACUUGGAGAAACAUAUUCGAACUCACACCGGAGAGAAGCCGUACCAGUGCGACAAGUGUGGCAAGGGUUUUGCUCAGCGAGGAACGUUAAAAACGCACAAGGAAACUGUGUGUACCGAAUAAUCCUUAGAGGAAAGUAGAGGAAAGUAUUUUGCUCUACAGUCUGUUUCAAUGGCAGGAACAUAUGGAGAUAAAUAAACACCUUUGACCUUG